AUCACCAGCCGGUUUAUAUUGGAAAAGCUUAGAAGUAUAAACAACAGUAGCAAUCAAAUUGGCAAUCAUAAUAAAUAUAUAUCUGUAUCAUUAGUUCAUUAUUAUUACUUAACAUCUACCUACCAAGAAGAAUUGAUCUUGUUGAGACAUGGCUAAGAGCUCUCUGAAAUCAGCUGCCCUGAUGGAGCAGAUGAAGGCCCACCUCUCCACCGACGCCGGCAAAGAUAUCGUCAAGAAACUCAAUCUUGUUUUUCAACUCAAUAUUGCCCCCAAGAAAAUUGGGUUUAAUGAGGAAAUAUUUGUUGUUGAUCUCAAGAAAGGAGAGGUUACCCAAGGCCCAUAUGAAGGCGGGAAGCCCGAUGCUACCUUUUCUUUCACCGAUGAAGAUUUUAUUAAAAUAGCUUCAGGGAAAAUGAAUCCCCAAAUUGCUUUUAUGAGGGGUGCCAUAAAGAUCAAAGGCAGUAUGAGUGCAGCUACAAAGUUCACUCCUGACAUAUUCCCAAAGCCUUCUAAGAUGUGAGCUCGACCAUAUACUCAAGUCCUAAGAUGCAUAUUUGUUGUGUUAGAUUUCAUCUGUAUUAGGAAGCCAUAUGUGAAUGAAGUGGUAUGAUAGUGAUUCCCAAAUAAUCAUAUGACCAUUGUCUGAAGGAUUUUAAGUUAUUUUAUAAUAUACAGGGAAUCUGCCAAGUCUAUUUCAUUGCCA